CAUAACCUUCUGUCUUUUUAUUACCACUUUUCUCUUGUUCCAUUUCCCUUUGCGCUCUUUAAAGCGAUUUUUUACAUAAAAAACUAGUAUUUUGGCCAGGAACGAAUAAAAUUUUGGCCUCUGUCAGUCAUGGAUCGAUUAACGGCUUGUUAUUUCAUUCGACUAAAAAAUAAGUUGAAAUAAUGUUUUGCAAUUUCGAAUUAGUAACUCUGACGUUAAUUUGGAGUGAUAACGACUUUAAUUGGGAAGUAAAAAUCGAGGCAAUUUAGACACCCAUAAAAUACGAUCCUAUACGAACACGAUACCUUAAAGUAUCGCGAUUUACUAUUCUGUCAGCAAGAAUAGCAAUAAAGUUUUGUUUUCACUCAUGUUUUCGUUGAAAUCUCGUUGAGUGACGUUUCGAACGAUUGAUUUCGUUAAUAAUCCACGUUUUUAGAAAUCUACUUUCUGCACUCGUCUAUGGAUUUUAGCUAUGGGUUUCCAAGGCUGGGCGCCACGAACCCGGAAUCUUGCUCCUCCGAAAAUAUCUUCGUCGAAUUUCGAUGAGAGUAUGCCAAUUGAAGGAAAUAUUGGAGGAAAAAGUACGGACGAAUUUCAUGUGAAAGGAAUGUUCGCCCAAAAGUAGGAAAAAAAUGUUCGUUCUCGACCUAAUGGGUUGACAAGUAUCUCAGCUGUAAACGAACAUCAAUAAUAAAAAAAAAACCAUCUUCACACAUUUCAUGUGAUUCCUUGAUUUCGACAACGGAAAAUUCCUUCCACUUUGGUACUUCUUAAGAUCGUGUGCAAAGAAAUUGAUUGAUUCAUUUGAUUACACGGUGGUCGUCACUCCUUUCAAAAUUUUUCCACUUACGUGCAUAUUCCGAUGCUCGAAUGUUCAACUAUCGGGCUGCACGGUGAUUUAAACAAUUAGCACAAAAUUUCUUCCUACGAUGCGAGGAAAAUUUAAAUGGAAUGCAAUUGAAGCGAGUCAACGAGGUUGCGUCAUUUUUACAUUUUUAUUGACACAAAUGCUCGGAUUAUUUACGCGCGAGGUACCACGAAACAUGAAUUACAUUCGGGGCCACAAUUUGGGUAUAUAAACCCGAAGCGGUAGUCGUUAAGGAAUUAGUCGUUGCAAGUUAUCACGAAUCAUGUCGAAGGUGACGAUCAUCCUGUGCGUUGCUAUCUUCGCUUCUGCCGCAAAUGGAGCGUUCGUCUCGGACCAGUUACAAAAAGCUCAAGAGAGCUUGAACAACCUCAUAGAAAGUACGAUAGCCAGAGUGAAGUCAGCUGUGGCAGACGCCAAGGCGAGAUCGGAGGAGCUCGGGGCGCAACUCGAGGCACAAAUUGAAGAGCACAAGAAGCGGAUAACCGAGGAUGUGGAAUCGAAAGUUCGGCAGGCGGCAGCUGACGUCAACAAAUACAUUGAUUCGAUCAAAGGUGAGGAUGUGAGUGAGUGUUCCAAGCUCGUCGACCACCUGCAAGCGACCGCGCAAACGGCCGUCCUCCAAGUGAGAAAAUGUUUCGUUGACAAACGCGCGACCGGUGCGGGCUACAUCGAGAACAUGAUGAAAGUCGCCGACGAGGUGCUCGCUAGUCUCCACAUUCAUAAACUGGAGGCUCACGCUUGCAUCGACAACGUCGACGGCUUCAUUUCAGCGGGCAAGGCGGUCGUCUGUACCAACCUGGUCGCAGCCAAAGCAGGAUGGACCACGGCCAAGGCCGUGCCAGCUGUCACCGUUGAAGCUGCAAAGUUGACCUUCCUGUUAUCUACUCUUCCGUCGAGUCUCGGCAUCUGCACCGCCACCAGUGCCCUCAACGCCUUCUAUUACGAGGCAUUCGGCAUUGUCGAAGACAGCACUAAAUGCGUGCGUCAGAGGAUCGAAGAGGUUCGCAACAGGCCCGGCGGAGAGCACGUCGUUCCUCCGAGCAACGCUGCCGGCGAGUCCUCAAAACCUGAAGCUGCCGUGACCCGAGCAACCGAUGCAGUCCCGACAACCGAGGAGGUCUUCGAGGAUGCCGAGGCCUGAGAGCAGCGCUCGAGAGGCUGCGGCAAAUACAUUCGCUAAAGUCCUCCGGAUAAGACUCGAGUGGAUUUCUUCUAAUGGAUUCAAUUCACUGUCACUCGUGUAUCAUUUACGGAAUACAAAAAAUAUGUAAAAUUUGAUGUGUUCGCAUCACUGUGGUUAGGAUCGUCAAAAAUAAUUCGAUGGAUACCCCAAACUUCCGUUCCCUGUGCAGGAAAGAUUUUGCAAAGAAGAUUUAAAAACUGCGUGUAAAUGAGGAAUAAAUUGUUGUGGAAAUAAACGGUUUUAAA